CGACUCACAACACUAAAAGCUUAGAACUACGUCGAGAGAAAUUUUUUUAACACCAAUACAAUUUGCAAAUUUUACGCACUUGAAAUUCAUUUAUACACGAAAUACUUUCAACUUGAACAAUAGAGAUAGUGCUCGUGGGUUAAUUACUAAGCAGCAGCAGCAGCUAAAACAAUAGGCGAGGCGAUAGCAACAACAAAAGAGAGCAAAGUCGAAUGCAACUGGCAUCAUCAAUUAACUGUGUUUGUGUUGUUGUUUUCUUCAUAAAUUUGCUGUUGUUGUGACCUAGCCGUAAAUUGCACUUACGAUAGCCGCCGCCGACGUCGCCGCAGCAGCAACAACUACAAGGAAACACAAUUUUCGAGUUCUCGUUCAAGCAACUGGCUUACGAUCUAAAAUUAUUUAGCAUUUCAACAUAAUCAUUACCAUCAUCGUUAGUAAUGUCGUCGUCAACGGCGUCCGCAUCCGGCGCCCGCAAACAACCCACAGCGGUGUCGCGCAUGAAACAGGAUUACAUGCGACUCAAGCGUGAUCCUUUGCCCUAUAUCACUGCCGAACCGCUGCCCAACAACAUCCUCGAGUGGCACUAUUGCGUCAAGGGUCCCGAAGAUUCGCCAUACUAUGGUGGCUACUAUCAUGGCACACUUUUGUUUCCCCGCGAGUUCCCCUUUAAGCCGCCAUCGAUCUACAUGCUGACACCGAAUGGACGCUUCAAAAUCAACACGCGACUGUGCUUGAGUAUUUCAGACUUUCAUCCAGAUACGUGGAAUCCCACUUGGUGCGUUGGCACAAUACUCACGGGCUUACUCAGUUUUAUGCUGGAGAGCACGCCGACAUUGGGCUCCAUUGAGUCGUCGAAUUAUGACAAGCAAGUAUUUGCACAGAAAUCGCUUGCAUUUAAUCUACGCAACACGAACUUCUGCGAACUCUUUCCGGACAUUGUCAGCGAAAUCAAGCAGCGUCUACAAGGCACCCAAGCAGGAAGCUCUUCUUCAUCCUCCUCCUCAGCCGCCUCCGCUUCCAAGUCUAGUUCAAGUGGCGCCGCAACAAAACGCACCAAAGGCAACAGCAGCACAACAGAUGCCACAGACAGUCCACAAACAAGUGCCAGCAAUGGGGGACAAUCAACAAUGCCAACGGAUGCCUGCGAUGCCAAUGGAUCUGUCGCGUUGGGCGCUGCAGCAGCUGGCGUGGAUUUGGGAGGAGGUGUUGCUGGGCCGGCAGCGCUUAAGAAUUGUGCACGAAAUUCCUAUUUAAAUUGGCAGUCGAUCUAUUCGAACCUGGUGAUUGUAAUCUGUUUUGCAAUAUUUGCACUCAUUGUUAAUUACGUGAUCAAGAACCUGAAUCAGGAAUAGAAUUUAAUUUCUCUUUCCCGCUGUCGUCGUCGAAAACAUUUCACAUGCACACGAGUCAUGUCCUUUCAUCCUCUUAGAAGAGCUCAAUCAGCAAUAAACAAAAACAAAGCUUGAAAAGUAUUUGCUUCAUCCCCCGAGACCUCGAUUGAAGUUACAUGUCUGAUCUGAUGACCAAUCAACAUUAUUGGCAAGAGUAACGCAAAAAGAAUUAUUCAAUUUCAAUUUACUCGUAAAAUAAAUUGUUUUGUUAUGUA